GGGGCAGGCUUUACUAAGAAAGGAAACUUAAACUUUCCUCCUCCAUCUUAUCAAACGAGCAUCCACUGCUGCACUAACCUGACAUCUUUAGAGUUUUUCAGAGCUCACGGAACCAGAGAAAAGACAUGGCCGUCUACCAGCAGCCGACCCAGGUCGUGGUCCAGACCACCACAUCCCAUGGUCCAGGGACAUGGAGCACCGGAAUCUGUGAUUGCUGUAGUGAUAUGGGCACCUGUUGCUGCGGCCUUUGGUGCUUCCCCUGCAUGCAGUGUCAGACAGCCGCCGACCAUGGCUGGUGCUGCUGCAUGCCGCUCCUGGACGUCUGCUGCGUGGUGUCCUGCAUCCUCCGUUCCUCCAUUAGAGAGCGUCACAACAUCCCUGGCUCAUGCUGUGGCGACUUCUGCAAUAUUCUUUGUUGUUACACGUGUGUCUGGUGCCAGAUGAACCGCGAGCUGAAGAUCAGGAGGGGCCACCAGGGCAGCUCCUCUGUGGUCACCACACAGGUCAUCAGGGGAUAAGAUGUUAGCUGAGGGCUUAAGGCAUGUUCCCCAUAUUAUGUGGAGCUUGCCUAGUUAUCUUUGAUACUGUUCAAGUGACCAAUACAUACAAAAAAAAUGUUAGCCUAUGAUUAUUUUUUUUCAUACUUUUCUUCAACAAUAUCCCAAACAUUUAGCAGUUCAUAAGGUGUAUAUACAUUAAUGGUCCUCUGCCUUUUCAAUGAUUAGAACAGAUGCUUUUCCUCUUUCUGUUCAAAGCCUAAGAGUUGCUUUUAAUACCAUAUUUUCUAAAUUGAAUGUUAGCAUGUUACUAUGCUGAAUUACAUGACAUUAGCUCAUUUUCUUGUCAGACCCCUGAUUCACUCUGACCAGUUUACCAAAGAAGAUCUUCUCACAAUCUGAUUCCAUGAGUUAAGUUUAACUGUUUUUUUAUAUACACAUACAGUGUUUUGAUAUUUGUAAAGACACAUCAUCUGUAUCAAAUGUACUUGAAGCAUGCUUCAGUGAUUGUAAAUGAUGAAGCAGUUAAGAUCUACACCUGAUUGAAGAGGGCGUUCUUUGAGGCUGUGUGACACCAUCCACAUUUUGCAUGCUGGGACGAGAGUUAAAAGAGUUGUCAUGGCUUCAUAGUUUGUUUGAAUUUCCUAGCAAUAAAUGAUUACAAUGCUGCGUGUGAUGUCAUCAAAGUUUAUCUCUGAUCCUAAUGUUUGACUUUAUUGCGCUGCCUUUCAAAAUCUUUUCAGCAUUUUUAGCCAAGCUGGCAGUGUAGCUUUAAAGAUGGCAAUCUUUUAUUGACCUGCCACCGAGGUCCUGACUUAAAUAUCCUUUGAACUAUUGAAUGAAAAUCUUCUACUAAUAGUCAUUGUAUUUGGAGGAUCGAUCAUAGCGACUCAGGUCAUCACCUGACUUCCAUAUAGCGCCAUCAUCCGGCCCAAGUUAUUCUUUUUUUCAUUAGCAAUGACCAAAUAACUGCAAUGUAAAUACAUUUCCAAUAACCUAAGCUGUACUUUGUGCAAAAAGAUAAAUGUUUGCAUGCAGGGUUAACAUUGUAUUUUCUAAAUAAACAUGUCAGCAUUGUAAUUGUGA